AUGAAUGUUGGAAAACCGGACAAGAUUGCGUUAGAGGAUAUCCAUUACCUGAUCAGACGAGACCCUAAGAAAUUUGCUAGAGUUAAGGAUCUCUUAUCGAUGAGUGAAGAGCUCAAGAAAGCGCGUAAACAAUUUGACGACGUGAAGCAGUUAUGA